UCAUCCAUAACCUUUGGGCACAUCUGUCUCUCCCUCUUUCUCUCUCUCUCCACUUCCACCAUGGCCUGCUCAGCCUCUGACCUAGCUCCUCUCCUCUCCACCACUGUAAACUCCACAGGAGCUGCCACCUACUUAUGCUCCCAGUUCACCAGCAUAUCCAGCCAGCUUUCAGACACAAACUAUGCAAUCAACAACACUUACCUUCUUUUCUCUGCCUACCUAGUCUUUGCUAUGCAACUUGGCUUUGCCAUGCUUUGUGCAGGCUCUGUGAGGGCCAAGAACACCAUGAACAUAAUGCUUACUAAUGUUCUUGAUGCUGCUGCUGGUGGCCUUUCUUACUAUCUCUUUGGCUACGCCUUUGCCUUCGGCUCUCCCGGCAAUGGCUUCAUUGGCCGCCAUUUAUUUGGUUUGAGUGACUUUCCUACUAUUCAAGCUGAUUAUAGUUUCUUCCUCUAUCAAUGGGCUUUUGCUAUAGCUGCUGCUGGCAUCACUAGUGGCUCCAUUGCUGAGAGAACCCAAUUCGUUGCUUACCUCAUAUACUCCUCCUUCUUGACCGGCUUUGUUUACCCUGUUGUUUCACAUUGGCUUUGGUCCGGUGAUGGUUGGGCCAAUCCCGCUAAAACCGAUAACAAGCUCUUAUUCGGUUCGGGUGCAAUCGACUUUGCUGGUUCAGGUGUGGUUCACAUGGUUGGAGGUAUUGCGGGUUUGUGGGGCGCUCUCAUUGAAGGCCCACGAAUUGGCCGGUUCGACCAGAACGGUCGGUCCGUGGCCUUACGUGGUCAUAGCGCUUCGUUAGUGGUGCUCGGUUCAUUCUUGUUGUGGUUCGGGUGGUAUGGGUUCAACCCCGGUUCGUUCUUGACAAUCUUGAAGAGUUAUGGUGGUAACAGAGUGUUUUAUGGUCAAUGGAGUGCUGUGGGAAGGACAGCUGUCACUACAACAUUGGCUGGGAGCACAGCUGCCCUUACUACCCUGUUUGGGAAAAGAUUGUUAUCUGGUCAUUGGAAUGUGAUUGAUGUAUGUAAUGGCUUAUUAGGGGGUUUUGCUGCGAUCACCGCAGGGUGUUCGGUGGUGGAACCGUGGGCUGCAAUCAUAUGUGGCUUUGUUGCAGCUUGGGUUUUAAUUGGGUGUAAUAAGCUCGCAGAUAAACUACAAUAUGAUGACCCAUUGGAGGCAGCCCAAUUGCACGGCGGAUGCGGCAUGUGGGGGUUGCUGUUCACCGGGCUGUUUGCGAAGGAGACGUACGUGAAUGAAGUGUAUUCAAACAAGCCGGGGCGGCCGUAUGGGCUGUUCAUGGGUGGUGGUGGGAAGCUGUUGGCGGCCCAGAUAAUUGAAAUCUUGGUGAUAGUAGGGUGGGUCUCGGCGACAAUGGGCCCACUGUUCUAUGGGCUCCACAAGUUAAAGUUGCUGAGGAUCUCAGCUGAGGAUGAGAUGGCAGGCAUGGAUUUGACAAGGCACGGAGGGUUUGCUUAUGCAUACGAUGAGGAGGAUGAUGUGUCAGGAAAGCCUUCUUUUAUGAUGAAGAAAGUGGAGCCUGCGAAGAACACCUCACCUAAUGGAAACUCACCAGCUAUCAAUGUGUGAUCAAGUUUGAUGCUUUACAAUGCCAUCAAGUAAAUAAAUAACCAAAAAAAAAAAAAAAACUUGGAUAAAUAGUAUUAAAAAAAAGAGAGAGAAGAAGCCAGGCAUAAUUGGCAUAUCCAAGCUUGAGUCGUUAAGUCGUUGUAUCAACUCGUAAUUUUACGAGAUCAUCUUAAGUUUAUUAUUUUUGUUUAAA